GCGCACCGAAGCGGCAACAAGUUUGGUCCUCUCGCAGCCUCGCGUGCAAAACAAUCAUCAGCAAAGCUAGUUCUUCUUCUUUGCACUUUCUUUGCACACUCCGAAACUGCUUUGGUUUUCUUCCCCCUUGCAUUUUGCAGCCUUGUUCCGAUUUGCUUUUUUGCAUCGUUUAUUUGUGUUCUGGGAGGAGGUGGUAAGAGGGGAGGGGAGUGUGAAGCUGAAGUUUUGUUUGUUUUUUAAUUUUGCAGUGUUUGAUUGCUGGUUCUCUUUUAAUUUACUGUUACUUUUUCCACCCCCUCCCCCCCCAUCACGCGUACGCAGACACACACACCUCCCUCAAGCCCAAGGUUGUUGCGAGGUGAUGAGAGUGUUGCAGAGUAGCCGCUUGCUCCCGGGGGUUUUGCUGCGGCCGCUCUGCGCCCUUCUUCUGCUGCUGCUGCUAGUGAGCGGCACUCCCGCUUGCCGGAGCGACGCUGAGCUGCCCUGCCAGAUCCUCAAGCGCAUCGGGCGCACGGUGCGCCUGGGCGCGGUGCUACUGCUGCCGCAGCAGCAUCCUGGACCCCCGCCGCUGCCCGGACCAGUCAGGUCAGGGGCCGCCCGCGAUGCCUUGCUCCAGGCCGUGCGGCGACUCAACGCCCGGGCGGCGGAGUUGCUGCCUUAUAACCUGUCGGUCGAGCUGGUCAUGGGCAUGGAGACGGGCCUGGGGGAGUUGCCGGCCUUCGGCGUGCCGCCGGCCUCUCGCCGCGACCCGCAAUCCUUCCUGGAGAGCGUCUGCCGCACGGUCGUGGUGCAAGGGGUCAGCGCCCUGCUGGCCUUCCCCCAGAGUACCGGGGAGCUGCUGCAGUUGGAGUUCCUCUCAUCCACCAUCCAGAUCCCGGUGGUCAGCAUCGUGGGCAAGCAAUACCCUAGGCAGUCCAAGAAUCCCUUUCAUCUGCAGAUGAGCCUUGAAGCUUCUCAUCCUACCUAUGCGGAUAUACUUAUCUUUCUCCUGACAAUGAAUAGGUGGUAUGAUGUCAGCCUGGUUUUGUGCAAAGAAUGGAACGUAACCAACUUUCUCAGUCUUUUAUAUAACAACUCCAAGUUUCACCUCGGAACUAUUUUCAAUGUUGCUUCAGACAGUGAUGAUGUUAACCUUGUAAAUUAUUUGCAAGACUACUUGGACACAGUCAAAGAGGCGCCAUUGUCCAUUGUCACUUUCGGCUGCGGCAUUGAACAUUUCCAGAAGAUUUUUCAGCUAGCGGCCAACUAUGGAUUAAAGCUGCCGGAACACCACUGGAUUCUAGGUGACUCUCAGAAUGUGGAGGAGUUAAGAACUGAAGGCUUGCCCAUGGGUCUCUUAGCCCAUGGUAAAACGACACAGCCAGUUUUCCAUAAUUAUGUGCAGGAUGCAGUGGAGUUAAUAGCCAGAGCUGUGGCUACUGCAACAUACGAGAGGCCAGAACUGGCUCUUAUUCCAAGUACAACAAACUGUAUGCAUUGGGAAGAAAUGAAUAUAACGUCAGGCCAGUUCCUUUCAAGAUUUUUAGCAAACACGAGCUUCGAUGGUGUCUCAGGUUAUAUUAGAGUAACAGAUCCAUCUGUUAUCACUUCAGACAGCCAUUACUACAUCUGGAACCUACAGCUUGACCCGGUUGGGAAGCCUAUGUGGACACGUCUUGGGAGGUGGCACAAGGGGAAAAUUGUCAUGGACCACAGGAUUUGGCCCAACAAGAUGCAGAAGCCAAAAAGUGGUGGUAAUCAAUCGUCUCGGCUGCAUCUAAGAGUAGUUACCCUUAUUGAACAUCCCUUUGUAUUCACACGCAAUGUAGAUGCGGAUGGCCAUUGCCCUGCUGGUCAGCUGUGCCUGGAUGCUCUUACAAAUGAUACCACUGUCAUCGAGAGCCUCUUUGAGAACUUAAAGUCAGGGAAUGAUUCUGUGCCAAUAGAAUAUAAAAAGUGCUGCUAUGGCUACUGCAUCGAUCUCCUUGAAAAGCUGGCAGAUGACAUGAGUUUUGAUUUUGACCUGUACAUCGUCGGCGACGGGAAGUAUGGUGGCUGGAAAAAUGGCCGCUGGACAGGGCUUGUUGGUGAUUUGCUCAACCGUGCAGCGCACUUGGCCGUCACAUCUUUCAGCAUCAACUCAGCGAGAAGCAAGGUGAUUGAUUUCACCAGCCCUUUCUUCUCCACCAGCCUAGGCAUCCUGGUGCGGACUAGAGACACAACGGCCCCCAUCGGAGCUUUCAUGUGGCCACUGCAUUGGUCAAUGUGGGUGGGGAUCUUUGUGGCUCUUCAUGUGACUGCAUUGUUUCUAACUCUGUACGAAUGGAAGAGUCCUUUUGGAAUGACUCCCAAGGGGAGAAACAGGAAGAAAGUCUUCUCCUUCUCUUCCGCCCUCAAUGUCUGCUAUGCCAUUUUGUUUGGUAGGACAGCUGCCAUCAAGACCCCCAAGUGUUGGACAGGACGGUUCCUAAUGAACCUGUGGGCUAUAUUCUGCUUGUUCUGUCUGUCUACGUACACUGCUAAUCUAGCUGCGGUAAUGGUAGGGGAGAAAACCUACGAGGAACUUUCAGGAAUUCAUGAUCCUAAGUUCCACCACCCAUCCCAAGGUUUCCGUUUUGCAACUGUCCGGGAAAGCAGCGCUGAGGAUUAUGUGAAGAAGAGUUUCCCAGAAAUGAAUGAAUAUAUGAGAAGGUAUGAUGUGCCAACAACACCAGAUGGUGUGAAAUACUUGAAGAAUGAUCCUCAAAGACUCGAUGCUUUUAUAAUGGACAAAGCACUGUUAGAUUAUGAAGUCUCAAUUGAUGCUGAUUGCAAGUUAUUAACCGUUGGAAAACCUUUUGCAAUUGAAGGCUAUGGAAUUGGCCUUCUGCAGAACUCUCCACUGACGCCCAACAUUUCUGAAUUAAUUAGCCAAUACAAGUCUGAUGGCUUUAUGGAUAUGCUGCAUGACAAAUGGUAUAAAGUUGUACCAUGUGGUAAAAGGAGCUUUGCUGUGACUGAGACUUUACAAAUGGGUAUCAAGCACUUUUCGGGACUCUUUGUGCUGCUGUGUAUUGGUGUCGCCGGUUCCCUCCUUGCAACAGCUGGCGAGCAUAUAAUCUACAGACUAGUACUUCCUCGGAUCAAAAAGAAACCAAGACUGAAGUAUUGGCUCCAUACAAGCCAGCGAUUUCAUCGAGCUUUAAAUGCAUCUUUCAAUGAUGAACAAUUUCAACAGAAACUAAACAGACUGCAAAAGAGGUGCAAUGUAGGAAAUAACCAGCAAGCCGUAUGGAAUACAGCUAGUCAUGCACAUUGGGACAAGCAGAAAUGCAUUUUCAGAGAUAUUCAACAGCCUGACAUUAAUUUGAAACGUUGUCAGGUUGAGGACCAACCCCCAGUAGUGAAAGAGCUCCCUCUUACCGUUAAUUCCAAUGGCAAACCUGAACCGCUUUUGAAAGCUAGGCAUUCAGUUAUUCAUGAACUAACAGAACUGGAGAAACAGAUUCAGCUCAUCAAACAGGAACUGCAGAAAGCAAUGAACAGGAAAACUGAACUGGAAGAGUAUCAAAGAACAGUCAGGAAUCCAGAUUCAUAAAACUGAAGCUGGCUGAAAAAUAUGACUCGGAAAAUCAUUUCUCCCCAAUGACGACUCAUGCAGUUUUUAAAACUGUCUUUAACUUUAAGAAGGAAACACAACACAAAGUCAACUGUUCCACUCUUCAUCUCCAACUCUCACCACUCCUCAACCUCCAAACAAAAAAGAAACAAUUAUUACACUAUCUAAGCAGACGAAACUGCAAUUACACUUGCUGACCACAGUCCUGGGCUGGUUUUCAAUUUAACACAUUUGUUCAUCAAAAACAAAUUUGACGUUUGCCAAGGUUAACAGAAGGGAUACCAAAGACUGUCCAGUCAGCAGGAACUAUCAAGAGUCUCCCUGUUCUUUACAGAAGUAUUCAUUUGAUCUGCACAGUUGGUGUGCCCUGCCCCAAAACCAAACGAGAUGCUGCUGUGCACAUGAGCACUCCUCAAAAGUGCCCAAGACUGUUCUGAAAUUAAUGACCUUAGAACUUUAUACAUCCUGUGGGUAAUUUCCGAAUGUACAGCAAGCUGACAUACCUUGCAGGGCUUCAUCUCAACAGCGCAAACCACAAUGAGAUUGUACGUUGGAUUACCACAUACCAUGUAUUUACAGAAGCACCAGUAGGACUAAUGAGGUCCCUCAAGACUCUGUACAGAAUGUUCCACAUUAGAAAGAAUGAACGCAGUAAAUUAUUUUGUAGCUUUUCAUGCAGACCUCCCAACGGCGUGGGGAGGAGAGGACAUGAAUGUUUUCCAACACUUAGUCUCUCGAUGUUUGAUGUCACGUUGUGUUGCAGAGUGACACUCUUGGGAGUCAUUAAAUCAUUAGUAAUUUUGUAAAUGGUUUUGACAGUAAAUCAUGUUUCAUAUGAACUCUGGUCAGCACAGAUUCCCAACCAGUCAUGCAAACUGUAGUGGGUCAGUUUGUCAGAGGUUUUGCAUCCAGCUACUCUCUUCUGGUCCACUGCACAGGGACUUAGGCAAGGAUAUGACUUGCAUGAAGGUGGGUUCCUGGGCAGUGUCAACUAUUUGGCUGAAUCCCUUACCCCACAGUGCCUUUGACUAUCAGUAAAAAGAUUCCAGUAUUAUCCAGGAGUUUUGCUUGGCAGUGUAAAUAGUUAAUUCUAUUUGUCUACUACUGAAGUAGAAUCGUCAUCAUAUAAUUGAUGGUAAGUAUGAGAGAUGCCUGUAAUUAUAUUUCCAACUGAUAGAGUAUCUUUCAGCACUUAAGAUUUGCCAGUAAUGUACUUCUAGCUCAAUACGGUCAGAGUGAUUGUACAGUUUUAACUUUGAGCUUUGGUGUACUAGAGUACCAAUUGUGCACAAACAUAAGGUGUAAUUUUUUUUGGUGAUGGUAAAAUUUGGUAUUAGCAGACAGCUACUUGUUAUACAUUUGUUUCAAUUUUAAAUUUCUUUGAUAUUGUCUAAUCCAAUGACAAGUCCAACACUUGGUCCAUUUUUAACUAUGGUCCACAGCCAAAAUGACAUCCAAAAAUUAUUUAAACUUAUGAAUAAAGUUUCAAACUAUGUUAAGGCCCUGCAUAACUUUGGAUUUGGGUUAUAUAGUACUUGAGUAAAUAAUUUUAUAUUUACUAAGUUAUCAAAGCUUUCAUAACUUGAGGGUUCAAAUGGUGUGUAAUUUUGCAGACUAGACGAUGUAGGGGCUUAAGAUUCUGUCCCAUUUACCUUCUGUAACUGGAAGAGAAAAAAAAAGGCUCUGCUAAAAGUGAGAGUAUCACAUCCUCAGUAUGUCCUGAAGCACUGUUUAGCUAAUGAUGUACUUUUGCAGCACAGUCAUUGUUUUAAUGUAAGAAAUGCAGCAGCCAGCUUGUGCAUAGCAAGCCCCCACAUUGAGAGAUAGUCGUCAGCUGUUCUUUUUUCCAGUGAAGUUGAUUGAAGUAUAAAUAUUGUCUCUUACGUGAGGAAAAACACUAGUGCUGUUUUGAUAUUAUUCAAUGGGAUAGUUUUUAGUGCACUCAUCAGAAAAUCUAAGCAGGACCUUGGUUUACCAUCUCAUCCAAAAGAUAGCACCUUCCAACAGAGUUGCCCAAGAACUGCACUGGACGAGCUUAGAUUGACUGCCCGAGUCUCUGGAUUGGGAUUUGAACCAGUAUUCUUCCAACAUGAAAGCAAAACUGCAAUGAAACUGACAGCUGAAUCUAGUGAAUUUGGGCCGUCCUCGAAUGCGCGUGGGCCUGAGUAUAAGUGAACACUAAAGUAGUAAUCUCACUUAAACAGAUCUUGAAAAGGUAAGCCAUCAACAUGUCGCAUAUAUUGGCAAAGACUCAUUGGAGAUUAAUUUUUACCUUCAUUGCCUGGGUGGUUAAUUGACAGAGUCGAGAUCUGCCUGUUGUAAAGCCUGCCGAACAUUUCCAAGUUAGGCUAUGUGUCAUGAUCUAGAAAUGUAACCCUUACUGUACUUCCUUGGGCCUGCUCGACACAAACAUGUCAAAGAUGGAAACUGUUCCAUUUCCUAGCACCCUCACUCAACGCCUUCUAGUUUGCUGGGUAAGCUACUCUCUCUCUAAAAAGAUAAAAGCAGCAAAAUCAAAAUAAUGUUUCAUAAGCAGUGUCAAUGAAAAUUAACAACUUUUUUCAGUAUGUAUUUGAUUUAACUGUUUUUUCCUCAAUGCAACUCAUGAAUCACAUUGCCACUAAAAUCAAAAGAACAUAUUAAUACCAUCCCUAAUGACAUUUUAGACUGCAUGAUCACCUUUGAAACAGUAAUCGAAAACAAAAGCUUUCAGAUGGUAACAGAUGUGGGGAGCGAUGAGAUGCAAAGUUAUGCCAAUAUUUGGCAUAACAUUGUCAUUUUGCAAAGAUAAUGUUACCGUGAUGUAAGGCCACAUUAUGUUGAUUGUUAUUUAAUACUUUAUUGGGAUUUGGUAGCUAUCCAUAUUUUGGGUAUGGCAGCAGUUGUGGAGGGCAUCGGUGGGGGAAUGGGGAGAUUACAACCCAAUUUUUUUGCUUAGUGUGGGAGCUAUGGAAAGUUUUGCUAUAAACCUAGAUUACUGCAUUGUUUGAUAAAAAAAAACACGAGCCACCUUUUCGCCAUUAAUUUUCCUGAUAAGAUUCAUUCUGCAUCUUUUUGCUGAGUGACUUGGUGAAGUAUACACAGAGAUAAAUGUUAUUAGUGGUUAGAAUUGUGCAAAAGUUUCAACUAGAGAGAAAUAAAGAGAGAAUGUAGCCCAAGGUAAGCAAAUAUUGGAAAAAAUUUAAGGCCAUAUACCAGGAACAUUUAAAUUGACUGUGGCAUUGGUAUUUGAAUCUAUUCAACAGCAGACUAUUAAAAAGUCACCGAAAAAGUAAUAUCUGAAUACAGCAUGCAUGCUUUUAAUAACAUACUCCAAGAAACCAAUUGCCCAAAGCAACUGUUUCAGUUCGGUUGUCGCAACUUUCUAUAAUGAUAUGCAAACCGUGUAGAUUGUAUCUGUGGGCUAUAGCAGUUCCUAACUUCUCAGGGGUGAAGCAUUUUUUGAGCAGCAUAUUCUUUAUUGUUAAUUCAUAAAAUGUGAUUAAAAGUAUAAAUAUUUUUAUAGUUUGCUAAAAUAUCAUUUUAGUAACAAAUUGGCAGUCGAUGUAAUAAAUAUUUUGUACUUAAAUGUAAUGCAGAGUGGAAAAACAGGUGACUGGUCCUACACUGAAUGAUGAGAGUUAGGUUAACAUUUAUCCUGUAACACUCAAGUGUCAAGUGGAACAGACAUCAACAUUUCACACUAAUCUUCACAAACAAGUUCAACUAUCCAUUUCAGCAAAAAGCAGCUCAUUUUCAUUCCAAACCAGCAACAGAUUAGUGUUCAGCACAGUUACCUAAAUUGCUGCAGGAUCUGUCCUUGUGGGAUUAGGCAGACAGGUUUUAUGAAUUCUAAAUUAAAAUAAAUAGCGAGCAACGCUUCCCCGUGACAGUGAUUUAUGACAGUGGCUGGACACAUGUCUGCUGGGCUCGAAGUUACCAUUUUAAAUUUUCCAACUUAUGAAAUGACUACAGUUUACAGCAGCAUCUCACGCAUUAUUGAAAAUUAACAGUACACAGCUGAUCUUGGAGUUCACAGUCAUUUAGUUUCUUCUGCUAUUUUGCAUUCAGAAUGGUAAUUUGGAAAUAGACAUACACAGAAUUCUGUGCACGUUUCUGGUGUCCUGAUUACAAAAUGAUGAGAGAAGUACAGUACUAAGCGCACAAAAGCUUUACCAGGGAAUAGCUGCCUGUAAAGACUAAAGAAUUGGCUCUCCUUUCUCUGGGAGAGACAUCUGAGAAGUAAUCUGAUCUCGACCUUUAAAUUUGUUUUAAGAGUUGACAGAGCACAUAUUAAAAGAUGAUCGUGUUCUGUCAUGUAGAGCGAGUCCAAAACUGGUGGUCCCGAAUACAAUAAAGUCACAAGUAACCCAAAUAAGGAAUUUUGGCGAAAGGUCUUUGCCCAGAAAAUGAAGAGAACAUGAAACUCAUUAUCAUUGUGGACAUGGUUGAGGUGACUAGCACUGAUGCAUUUAAAGGGAGUCUAUGUGAGAAUGAUGGAGAAAGGAACAGAAAAAUAAACGUCAUAGACCGGCAAGCCUGGCCUCUCUAAACAGGUUAAUUAACAAUAUCUACAGUUGUAUUUAUUAAAAUAAACCUUGACCAGUUAGCACGAACGACCAGUUUCAAUAACUUCAACUACAGGAGGUGCUAUCUUUAGGUGAUGUUGAAAACUGAGGGCCAACUAAGUAUGCUGGAUCUCACAGCAUCAGAGCAGUCAUAACACAAACAAUAUUACAAAAAGGUUAUAUGUAGGGAAUCGUGUGCAAUUACAAUCAAUUCUGCAAUUCAGCAUGGAAGCUACAUUUACCUCCCAUCAUUGACAGAAAAAUAAAUUUGCUGUGGCUACACAGCUAAAGCUGGGGUGGCACGUCUGCCUAAGAAUCAGAAAGCUUUGGCUGCUAGUUCCAUUCCACAGAUUCAAGCACAAAAAUUUAAAGUGACAAUCUAUUUCACAAUCAAGAGAGCUAUUGGAAGUGCCUUUUUGCUUUGGAUUUGACCUGAAGGGAUCAAAUCUGCUUUCUCACAUGGACAGUGAAGAUCCCAUGGCAAUAUUUUGAAGCAGAAGGAGGCAAGUGAUCCCUGGUUCCAUUGAUAGCAUUUUUUCCUGAGUCAACACCACAAAAAUAUCUCAAUGUUUACUCAAAAUGACCAUUGAUGUAUUGUCAAAGCAGUGUAAAGAUGUGUUUUUCCACAAAUAUGUAUAAUUAAGUUGUCACUGGCACUCUCCAUAGAACAAGGCUAGUUAUGAAAUGGUACUAAUAAUCUUUUUAAGCAGGUUGAUCCAAAUCGGACAGCCACUAUAACUGAAAAAAUCCUGGUCACUGUCUUCAGUCAAUUCUGGUCAUUUUGUUUUAUCAGGAUUUAUGUUGUUAUCACCAUGCCACAUUUUAUGGCCCAUCAUGAGUUGUGCUACAAACUGUCAUUUGAUCAGGUAUUGAAUGUCAGUUCUCGCUGGCAUUCAGUUAGUGUCUAUCCUGCCCGAGUCACUCUGUUCAGGCAUUCUGACAGACACCUGGGGUGGAUUCUUGUUGUUACUUAAGUGUCUUAGCUUCUGCCUGGAGAGACCAUAAGAGAUCUAUGCUGCCUCUUUUUUAGGAAGGCCUUCUGAACCACCAACCAAUCAGGCCUUACUGUGAAAUCUAGACUCUCAAGUGGGGAUGUCUUGCCUACCAGGAGCUGCUGGUCAAAGUACGAGGCUGGCUGCUCCACGCUCAGCAGAGCCAGUGGCUUCUGCAGUAAAAGAAUCUCCCAAAGUGACAAGAUGGUAGAACCACCUAGACCACAAGUCAAUCGUGUGUUUGGUGAGGGAGGGGAAGGGAUUUCACAGAGUGAGUGUCACAGAGAGGGAUGUGGAGCGUGAAGUCGACAGCAAAGCCACAGAGUGGACUCUGAGUGGGCCUUUCUAAUGUUCAGUCCUGCAAAUCAGGCAAUGAACUACAAGCUCUUCCUGCUUCUAGGCUCACCACCAGUGAAAGCCAAGAUAACAAUGGUUUAAGCCCAGUGUCUGAGUACAAUAUUUUCAAUAAUAAACAAAAAAAAACAAUAAUACAAAAAAUUGCCUCCCUGUACUAUAUGGGAGACAUAAUGCCGAGGUACAAGUCAAUCCUAUGGUCUAAACAAAUACUCCGGAGAUGCAAGUUUGAAUCCUACCAUGGCAAUUGAAUUCAUUUACUAAAUCUGAAGUUGAAAGCACAUCUCAAGAAGUGCAGAUUAUUACCUACUGUUGUAAAAGUCCAUCUGAUUCACUAAUGUUUUAGGGAAGAAAAACUGGCAUCCUUACUAGGCUCUGGAUUGUUAGGAAGUUGGACAACUCUUAACUAACCUCUGAAAUGCCCUGAGAAACAGCUUGAUAAAAGAAAGUUGAGGAUGGGCAGCAAAAUUGCUUUCGCCAGUGAUCCCAAUAUUCCAAUGAAAGCAUACAGACAGAAAACAAACCUAGGCCAUGCUGCACUGUCUUGCAUGCCAUUUGGAAAAAUGUGAGUAUCCCACUUGAGAAAAGAUCUAAAGGCAUUAGAAAAACAUUACUGGGAUGAUUUACCACAAUGUUAUCAGGAUUGAGGGGAGACUUGUGCCCCUAUCCUUUGAACAAAGAGGGGAAAGAGAUUAAUUAUUUAAGGAUAAAGAACAUACAGGGUUAUUUACAAAAACUUUGUGAUGUGGGGCUAAUUAAUGUUCCUUCAAAAGGGCCAGGACAGAUAUGAUGGACUGAAUGACAGUCUUCUGAGAUAAUACUUCUAUGACCCAAUAAUAUUUUAGGAAGAAAACUGCAUCUCAGAAAGCAGUUACAAGGUCCAAAUUGUAUCCACUAUAACAUUCUCCCCAGAGUCAAGCCCCACUCCAGGCACUUGAGCACAAACUUUAGUUUAACACUCCAAUACAAUGCAAAUAGGAGUGCUUCACUGUCAGAAGUGCCUUUUUUCACAUGACACUUUGAUCAAAGUUUAAAAUACGAAGAACAGAUAGUUAUUCCCAACAUAACCGGUUACUAUUGGUCAGGGAAUAUGGGGCAAUAAGUACAAUCUAAAAAUUAGAUGCAGCCCUUUCACAAGUAAAGUUAGGAAUUACUUCUAUGCACAAAGGCUGGUAGAAUUAAGAAGCCUCCAUUGCAAAUAACAAUUGACGCUAAAUCAAUUGUUAAUUUCGAUGGAGGUUGGUAGAAUGUUAGCCAAAGGUAUUAAGGGAUUUGGAACAAAGUAAGGUAUAUAAAGUUAAGUCAUAGAUUAUUUCAUUGAAUGAUGGAAUUGAUUCAAUAGGAUGAGUUUUAUGUUUGUAUCUCAAUCCCCUAGUGUCUAGUAUCAAUAUAAAAGUGCCUUAAAUGUAACUAUCUCAGUACGGUCUUUGAGUGAACAAGAAUGUAGAGUGCCAAUCUCAAAAACCAGACAAGUCUCACUUUUAAAAACCUAGGGGAGAAUAUAUUAACUUUACCAAUGGUGUAAAAAAGAACCACAGGGGUACUCAGCUUGGCUGCUUGAACAGUUUUCCUGACUUAUGUCUCCUUUUAAUUUUGCAGUGUUUAAUGGCAACCCAGCCAUUAUCAUCCAUUUCGUGUCAGCCCAAAAUCAAGUUUCAUUUUGCAUUGCCACAUUCCAUCUGGGAAUUUUUCAUGCACAAUCUAGAAAUUAGAUCGUGCUUAUCUGUUCAGACCCAAAUGGGCACCUGAGAGUUUGAUACAAUGGCUUCUGUGAUUUCACAUUAUUCACAUGUUACAUUGGCUUACUCAGACAUUCAGGGCAGGUGACUGAAAUUGUCAUUGUUAGGAUGAUUGUGUAUACAGUCUCGAGGUGCCCCAGCUCUGUUUCCAGAACCCAUGACUAAAUUGAUCUGUAACUAAUCAUAUCUUGCAUGGUGCACAGGUUAAACUGGAGGUUGCCAUUCAGAAAUUGCAAGAUUGUCAUCACUAAGAAAGAGAAGUGCUCUUCAUGGCUCCACCUGACAUUCACUUCCACCCCAAAUACCCACUCCACCUGCACUCUCCAGAGACCUUCGGUUGGAGUCUGAGCCAUCUGAUAUGCAGACACCCAUGCCAAAAUAAACACCAACCCCUUCCCAAUGCCACCACAGUGAGUCCUGCAGACUACUGUUUCAUUGUAAGCAGUGAAAUAUCAAAAAUUAUGUUCCAUUCACAAAAAAAUCUUCAAAUUGGACAGAAUCGCUUUCUAAUCAUACACUGACAGAAAACCAUCAGUGUCCAGGAUCUCUCCACAAUUCUUUAAGAACAGGAUGUUGAUGCCUAACGUCGGAUGCCAUCAAGUCUGCUUUUAUAAUGUAAAAUGGGCCCCACUGGUUUUGAUUCCAUUCCACUGAACUAACAUAGAGUUAUGUGUAGUUGCUUUAUGACUUCAUGAUUCAUUCAACUCCUUCCCAUUGCCUACUGAUGUUGGAGCAGCUGCUUGUAGCUCCUUACUCCAGCAUAAGAUAUAAUGUUAUGUUCUGUCACAAUUGCCUGUCUUGCACCAUCCACUGUUACCCACUGGAGCUCAUCUGCGAUCCAACUGCAAACCCUCUUUCUGCUACCCACACUUUGCUGUCCUGAAAAGAUCUCCAGCUUCUCUGCCCUGAUCAGAUGUUCACAAUACUGACAAUUAUGUGGCGAUCACUACUUUUUUUUUAUCCAGGGCUAUUGUUGCUCAAUUUCAAUUACCCUUUAAUUCAUUUUAUAAUCUAUUUUUUAUGGAAUUAUAAGCUUAGAUUCACAGAUUGCCCAGUUUUCUGAUGCAUACAGGAAAUUGGAGAUAAUUUAGUGUUUUGUAGUUUUUUUUUCUUUGUUACAAGCUUGGGUUUCCCUUGUUGUUCACACAACUUCCAUAGUCACAAAAUUACGUCAGGCUAUAUCUCCAUUCGUCGUCUGAUCCUGGUAUCACGACUACCAUCUUCCAUUGUCAAUUGUCCUAAACAGAUAAACUUAGGUGUUUCAGUGUCUUACCAUCUACUCCAAACUCACUGUCAUAUCUAAUAUUAUCCGUCCUAAUGAUUGUAUUUGUGUUGUUUCUCCAACACAAAUUUACCACUCUCAACAGGACAGGUGAUUAAUGUAGGCUCCGCUUAAAAAAAAUUGAUCUUCUGAUGAAUGAUUACAGAAGCUCAGUACUCAUACUGACAGAGAAACAUAGCUGCACACCUUUAUACUUGCACACUGUAAUCUGAACUCCUUAUGGCUGCUGGCCACAAGACCGCUUUCUGAUCUCUGGCUCAUUAGAAUACUCAGCCCAUAAAAUGAUAUCACAACAAUGACAAUUGUCUUUGGCAUUAAUACUCAAAUGAAUCUCCUGGGCCGUUUAGGUUUUAUUUGAUCUAUAAUAUUUGUAGGGCUUCUUUUGAUUCAAGUGAUGCCAUCAGCAUACUGGAAAUUCUAUUUCUGCCUCCGAUUUUUACCUCUGGAAACAUGUCUGAUUCUGAAUAUUUGUUCUCUACAUAGAAUGAAUGACUGGUGUGAGGAAAUAGCUUUGUCAUAAAAUUCUGACUGUCUAUUUCAGCUUAAUGGUCCUGUUAGAGACUCUGGAUAAAUAUUAUUUUUACUAAAUCAGUACCACUUUCAGUAAUGCAUUCAUUAAGUUUUGGUGACCAAUACUUUUGCAUAUAAAUCAGAUCUAAGUGUUCAUAUUUCCUUCUAGGUAUUCGUUAAAAAGAUUAUUUAGAUUAAAUAUUCCCUUUUGUUCCUACUCCACAUGUUGGGACUUGAUUUAAUGUGCCACUAGCUCCUUGAUAUUUUACCCGCAUCAGCUUUCUUCUUCUGUUAACCUGUCCACAGGAUAGCCAGCUCCACUCAGAGCAGUAAACACAGCUCGGUUUCCCACCUCUUGGCAUACAGGCUGUGUCUCACUGUGACAUUUUCACCAUUGCUCCAACUGAAAUCAUACAACUCAAUAGGCAUGGGAUUAUGUUUUGUUAUGUGUUCCCUGUGUAACUCAAUUUAGUUUCCCAAAGUAAUCAUGCUGCAGGAACAUCUUAUUUACAGCAGGACAACUGGGGGUGGGCAAUAAAUGCUGGCCUAGCCAACAUCAACCUGUGAAUUUGUUUUCUGAAAGAUUUGUGAACAUACACACAGUUACUCAACACCCGUUUCGGCUCCCUUUCAACUCUACUUAAAUUUUCCUUUGAAAUUACGUGUCAUUGUAAUACAUACUUCUGACCCCAGUACUGUUCAGACUAUUGCAGGGCUGUUUGGAAGGAGCAGGGGACUUACGGAUAUUCAAAUAAUUCUUACAAAGAGCUGGGUAUGGCAUGAUGAGCCAAAUGGCCUCCUGUAGCAAUUGUCGCUGUCAGAGAGUGAAAUGGCUAUCUUCAUGAUCACUAUUUAUCACUACACCAUUUAGCAAAUUGAACACAUAUUUUAAUAUCUCCGUAUUGAGUGUAGGUGCAAAUAAAGAACAUUUCUGCUUACAACUAACUGCACCUCACUGAUAUAAAUCAUUUUAAUGACUUAUAAUGUGAAGGUGCUAUGAAAGCACAAAUCAUUUUUUUAAAUUACUGGACUAACCAACAAUGAUUCAACAAGUAACUGAAUUUAAAUUGCUGAUUUUUUUUUAGUCUUUAUAGUUACAAGUUAGUUGUAUAAAUUAUGUUGUGUAGCUUUGCCACAAUGACCACACCAAAAUGAAGGCUACAGCUAAGCACUUGUAACCCUUAAAUCAGAAUUAUUUUAGCUUUCAUUACAAAUAAAAAAAACCUUGUUAAUUCCACAUCAACAUAUUUGAUGGACUGAAUUACGUAAUUCUUCAGGUUGACAUUUAUGCUGUAUGUGAUCCUCCUCCACUACCCCAUCUACAAACACUUCUUCACUUUGCCACUUUGGUAGUUCUUUGUUUCCUUUCACUCUUGUGCGUUUACCUCCCCCUUUAAUACAGCUAUGAUAUUCACCUAUUCAAUUGUUUCAUGUGGUAAGACAUUAUAUAUCCUAUCCAUAAAAGCCUAUUUUUUAUGUCUUCAUGAUUAUCUUGUAUUUAUGACAUUUAAGUUUCAAACUUCUUUCCUCUACCUCAAGAACUCUUCAUAAUUUUUAAAAAGAUCUCUAUUCAGUCACCUGCUCUACAGAAAGAGCCCCAAACUACUCAACCUUUUCUGAUAAACAUGACCUCUCAGUUCUGAAAUCAUUCUAGUAAAUCUCUUUCAACCUUCUUCAGUACUUUUUUUUAAUAUAUAUGGAGAUGAGACUUCGCAAUACUUUGUGGUGUCUAACAAGGUUAGAAUCAAGUGCUUUUCAAGUCUAUACCUCGAGAAAUGAAUCCACUGCUUAGUUUGCUUUUAAUAAUAUGUGAAUCUUUUGCCCUGGGUUCAGUUGCUUCUCUACUUCACUCAUUCAGUCUCCUGUUUUGCAAGGAAUACAUGGGUUAAUUCUUCUGACCAAUUAGUUCUACCCCACACGGACUAAUCAAUAAUAAAGGAAAUUAUUAAUUAUACAAAUUCUCAAUUUAGUUAUUUCCCUUAUAUUAUGCCAUAGCUCUCCUCAAUGUUAACUGUGUCCUCUGACUUGAUGUAUAAACUUAUCCUUGAAUUUAAAUCAUCCCAUGUCAAUCUGUGAAAUUGAAUUUUUAAAAAGCGACCCUUGAACUUAUUGGAUGAUCUCCGGAGAAAGGUUCACAUUACUAGAAAGCCCCAACAUGCACACUAGUGCCCUCCCGAGAAAGACAGUCUCUUAUUCUGACUGAUGCAAUAUCUCUGUAUUCCCACAGAAUUAGCAUCGCAAAUCAUCUGUUCGUCUGCAAUUAUUCCAGUGGCUCCUGUAAAAUAUCAGCAUCACUCAAUCCUUGAGAACAUAACUUGUUCAUUCGAUUAUUUGUAGACUGUGUUUAACACGACACCCACCCCCCUCCGCUUUCUUAAAUAUCUCAAAACAUUGUUUCUUUAGUCUUGCAUAUAGAACUUAGCAGUCAUAUCAACAUGAAUAUAUAAAAUUUGUACUAAUUAUCUGAAAUCCUUGUGGACUGUGCAUUAAACUGUUCUAAAGUUUUUUUGAUAAAACACACACUUCAGCAAAUGUGAUGUCUAUAUUCAGAAAGGAGGAAGACAAAAGUAGGAAACUCCAGACCAGUUAGCUUAACAUUUGCCAUUAGAAAGAUGAUAGAAUUUAUUAUUAAAGCUGUCAUAGCAGGGCACUGAGAAAAAAGUUCAAAAUAAUCAGAGAGAGGCAACAUGGUUUAGUGAAAGAAAAAUCAUGUUUUACCAGUCUGUGUGUGUUAUUUGAGGAACUAACAUUGCUUGGAUAAAAUAUUAACAGAUACAUGUACUGAACUUGGAAUUCCGGAAGGUAUUUGAUGGUGGCACUACAUCACAUUAUCGUACAAAAAAAAACCCUGUGGUAUAGGGAGUAACGUAUUGACAAGGAUAAACAAAUUGGUUAGCUAACUCAAAACAGUAGGCAUAAAUGGUGGUGUCCCCCAGGGAUCAAUGCUGGGACCUCAACCUUUUACAAUUUGUAAGUGAUUUGAAGGGACAGAAGGUAUAGUUGCUAAAUCUGCUAAUGACAAAAAGGACAGGUAGGAAAGUAAAUUGGGAAGAGGGUGUAAUGUGACAACAAAAGGGAUAGAGAUAGGUUAAAGGAGUGCUCAAACAUCUGGCAAAUGGAGCAUAAGAAUCAGAGUUUUACAGGAUAGAAACGGGCCCCAGGUUCUUUUUAAAUCUUUAUCCUGUCACCUUAAGCCUAAACACCUAAGUUUUUGACUCUCCGACCCUAGGAAAAAAGACCUUUGCUGUUUACCCUAACCAAGCCCCUUGUGAUUUUAUGAACCUCUAUAAGGUCACACCUCAGCCUCUACAUUCCUGGGAAAAAUGUUCCAGCCUAUUCAGCUUCUCCCUGUAGCUCAAAUACUCUAGUCUUGGCACAUCCUUGUAAAUGUUUUCUGCUACUUAAGUUUAACAAAAUCCUUCCUAUAGAAGGGAGACCAGAAUUGUACACAGCAUUCCAAAAGUGGCCUAACCAAUCUCCUGUACUGCUGCAACAUGACAUCCCAACUCUUAUACAGGUAGCUCUCCUAAAACGUGAUAGUUGUGGUCUUUUGUGACCUCGCACUAUAGAAAACUGCGCUAUAAGAAAACCGCUAUGUCCGUACAACAGAAAGUUUGCGUUAUGCAAUGUCCACUAUUCAUCAAUCAUGUUACAGCCAAUUUGUGUUAAUGAGACAUGCGUUAUAGCAGAAGUACCUGUACUCAAUGCACUGACCAAUGAAGGCAAGCAUGUCAAAUGCCUUCUUCACCACCUUGUCUAUCUGUGACUCCACUUUCGAGGAACUAUGCACCUGCAUCUCUAGGUGCCUUUGUUUGACAACACUCCACAGACCCCUACCAUUAAGUGUCUAAAUCCUGCCCUGGUUUACCUUACCAAAGUGCGGCACCUCGCAUUUCUCUAAAUUAAACUCUAUCUGCCACUUCUUGGCCCAUUGGCCCAUCUGAGCAAGGUCCCUUUGUACUCUGAGGUAAACACUGUCCACGUAUUUUGGUGUCAUCUGCAAACUUACUAAGCAUACCCUCCUAAGUUCACAUCCAAAUCAAUCUGUUUAAAAUGAAGAAAAGUAUCGGACCCAGCACUGAUCCUUGCAGCAUCUCACUGGUUACAGGUCUCCAGUCUAAAAAGCAAUCCUCUGUCAUCACCCAUUUUCUUUUCUACCUUCAAACCAAUUUUAAAUUCAAUUGGCUAGCUUCCCUGGAUCUCAUGUGAUCUAACCUUACUAACUAGUCUACCAUGUGGAACCUUGCUGAACAUUUUACUGAAGUCUGUCUGGACAACAUCCACCACUCUACUUUCAAUUUCUUUUGUCACCUCCUCAAAAUAUCAAUGAUUUCCCAUGCACAAAGCCAACGUGGGAAAAUGUGAAAUUGUUCAUUUUGGAAGGAAGAUUAUAAAAGCAAAUAAUCUAAAUGGUGAAAGAUGACAGACUUCUGAGGUUCAGAGAGAUAUGUGUGAACUAGUGCAUAAUAUUUAUAUGCAAGUCGAGAGGAAAGCUAAUUGAAUGCUAUUCUUUAUUGUGAGGGGCAUUGAAUAUAAAAGUAGCGAAGGUAUGCUUCAGUUAUACAGGAUACUGGUAGGAUCACAUUUGAUGUAUUGUGUACAGUAUUGAUGUCUUUGCUGAGGGAGGAUGUAAAUGUGUUGGAAACAGUUCAGGGAAGGUUCACCAGACCAGUAACUGAUUGAAAGUAUUGUCUAACGAGGAAAGGAUGCACAGACUAGACUUGCAUCUGCUGACACUUAGAAAAGUGAGUAAUAGCUUGAUUAAAAUGCAAGGUCUUGUGGUGCCAUUGGCACAGAACAUGUCUAAAGGUGGUUUCAUCUUGUGGGAGAAUCUAGAACUAGGCGUAAUUUGUUUCAGCAUUAAGUGCUCAACAGAUGAGGAUACUUUUUUUGUAUCCCUCAGGGAAUUGUGGAUCUUUGGAACUCUCUUCCUCACAAAGCAGUCAAAGCAGAGUCUUUGAAUAAUUAUGGCAAGCUAGCCUUUCACUCUCUCAUCUGUCAGGGCUAGGCAUGGAUAUGGAGUAAUCAGAACAGACAUGAUUUUUUUGAAUGGUAGAGCAAGCCCAAGUGGCCUCCUUCUGCUUACUAUGUGUAUGUUUGUGUGUAGUAACGUGAUUGUUGAAUAUGAGGCCUCUGAUCCCCAAACAAUGCUAUGGUCCUGGUAAAAGCCACAUGUUUUAGAAGUUGAAGAGCUAGGAAAUGUGAUGCAUUGGGAGAAACCCUUGGACUGACUGAGGACUACAGUGUGAGAAAAAAAAUUCCAAAUGAUAGAAUCCGCAAUAAACCCUCCAAAUUAGAAUGCAGAAAUUAAGAAUUCAAUCCAUUGACUUGGUGGAAAUUAAUUAAAGUCAGUUGAAUCCUUUGCAUUUAUGCAGAUUAUUUGUAUUUAUUAUGUGUUGAAAUUUUUGAAUUGAAGAAAUAAUUUAAAUUUGAACUACAUAUCUGAAAUGUUAUCACUUGCCAUUGUUAUAAAAAAGGGCAUCAUUUUCUGAAUCGCAGGCUUAUUGUGAACAAUUUAUUAUCGUCAUUGGUUUCUUUGGUCCUUGAAAGGGUAUUUUGUUGUUCACUACUGUGCUAA